AUGCAUAACGUGAGACCAUUAGAGUUCAUUUCGAGGUCUGGUGAACCGCAUCGCAGUCGGUCUUCAUCUUGGUCAUCAUGGAGACGGCAUAAUGAUACAUCAAGAUUUCAAGAACCUAGAUUCUCUUUACAAUAUCAGACGGACGAGAACAGCUUUCUGCUUCGUCUGAAGAUAAUCGGAGCUUUCCAGUUGGCAAAAAAAGACAUUUUUGGUGCUAGCGAUCCCUACGUUCGCGUGGAGCUGCAGAAGAUAGACGGUGACGUCACCGUAGAGACCUUCCUCACGAAGACCAAGAAAAAGACUUUGAAUCCGAUAUGGAAUCAGGAGUUUAUAUUCAGGGUGAAGCCGCAAGAGCAGAAGCUGCUGAUCCAGGUGUUCGACGAGAACCGGCUGACCCGUGACGACUUCCUCGGCAUGGUCGAGAUCCCGCUCUCCGGCGCGCCGACAGAGUCCGCCGCCGCGCCGCGCCCCCCGCCCGCUAAGUACCCCCUACGUCCGCGCAGGUCUGUUGCGAGGUCGCGCGUGCGCGGUCACAUCGAGGUGUACGCGGCUCUGGUGGGGCGCGUGGGGGAGGCGGAGGGGGAUGAGGGCGAAGCGGCCCCCGCGCCGGCGGCCCCCGACGGCUGGGAGAUGGUGGAGCCAGAGCCGCAGACGGGAACCGUCCAGCCGACCAUCGGCGGUGAUCCGCUGCCCCCCGGUUGGGAGGAGCGCCAGGAUGCCAACGGCCGCACCUAUUACGUCAAUCACAUCGCGAGGUCUACCCAAUGGGAGCGGCCGACCUUCACCCGCAACAUUAGCACGGAGACGCAAGCUGAGCGGAUGGAGACAGCCGCCACUGAGUUCCAAAGGCGGUUCCACAUAUCCGCCGACGAGGACCACACGCCCAGCCCUUCCUCAUCGAACCACCAGGAUAUAAGCGAUAGGCGGGCAGAUAACUCUGCUGAUGUCACACCCUUCUCCACGCCGAUCCGGUCACCCGAGCCUGUCGGCGAGGGAGUGGGGACAUCGGAAACCCUGGUAGAAACUACAACGGAAGCUCCGGCGGAUGUUUCGGCGGAAACUCCGACUCCGACAGAGACCGCAGCGGAAGUUUCGAAGGAGCCCCCAACGGAAACUCCAACCGAAACGGCCAAUUCGAGCAACGACUGUGAUAAUAAUGUAAGAGACAGCGGCGUAGACGACGACAGCGACGUAGUAGACGCCCGUAGCACGGCGCGCGUAGCGACUGACGGCGAAGGUCUACAAGUGGACGGAGCCUCUCAAGACGCGCACGAAGGCGACAACCCUAGCACUAGUCAAGCGGAUAAAGACGAAGGCGCCGAAAGCAAAAGCGCCCAAUCCACCCCGAGACGCAGCGGCGACACAAGCUCGCAAAACGACGAGGCCCGCACCAACAGCACGCUGGAAACAAACGGAAGCGAAGACAGGGAGGAGAACGAGGAGCCGAGCGCUGAAGUGGCCGAAGCGGCUGAAGCGGAGGAGCUGGAGUUCAUAGAGAUCGUCGCGGAGUCGUUGACCUUUGACGAGAACCACUUUAGCACCCCGACCGGCGGCAGCCCCGAGGGCCGCUCGCUGGGGCGACGCUCCCGCCGCAGACGGGCCACCGCCAGCUCCAUGGACGACUCGGAGGACGAAACAGACGCGUCGACUGAGAGCACGAGGAGUAGCAGCGCGAGCAGCAGUCAGAGCCAGAAUCUGCCCAAUAGUGAUGGUUUGCCGCCCGGCUGGAGCAUGCAGCGGGCACCCAAUGGAAGGAUAUUCUUCAUAGACCACAACCAAAAGACCACAACUUGGAUCGAUCCAAGAACCGGUUGCGCGUCGAGCCUGCCGACGGCCGCGCAGAGCAGCACCCCGGCGGAGGCCGACGAGCUGGGCCCCCUGCCCGAGGGGUGGGAGGAGCGCGUGCACACAGACGGCCGGAUAUUCUUCAUCGAUCACAACACGCGCACCACCCAGUGGGAGGACCCGCGCCUGUCGAACCCGCAGAUCGCCGGCCCGGCCGUGCCCUACUCGCGCGACUACAAGCGAAAGUACGAGUACCUCAAGAGCCAGCUGCGCAAACCGAGCAACGUGCCGAACAAGUUCGAGAUCAAGGUGCGGCGCAACUACAUCCUGGAGGACUCGUACCGCACCAUCAGCUCGGUCAGCCGAUUGGACUUGCUCAAGACCAAGCUUUGGGUGGAGUUCGAGUCGGAGGUCGGCCUUGAUUACGGUGGGCUCGCGCGCGAGUGGUUCUUCCUGCUGUCGAAGGAGAUGUUCAACCCCUACUACGGGCUGUUCGAGUACUCUGCGAUGGACAACUACACGCUCCAGAUCAACCCGAACAGCGGCGUCUGCAACGAGGAGCACCUAAACUACUUCAAGUUCAUAGGCCGGGUGGCAGGCAUGGCGGUCUACCACGGCAAGCUGCUCGACGCUUUCUUCAUCCGUCCAUUCUACAAGAUGAUGCUGGGGAAGUCGAUUUCUUUACAAGACAUGGAGUCUGUCGACUUGGAGUACUAUAACUCGCUUAUGUGGAUUAAGGAGAACGACCCCUCGGAGCUGUACCUGACCUUCGCGGUGGAUGAGGAGCAGCUGGGCAAGACGGUGCAGCGCGAGCUCAAGCCGGGCGGCGCCAACGUGCCCGUCGACGAGGCCAACAAGGUGGACUACAUCAAGCUGGUGAUCCAGUGGCGCUUCGUGAGCCGCGUGCAGGAGCAGAUGUGCGCGUUCCUGGAGGGCUUCGACGGGCUGGUGCCGCUGCCGCUGCUCAAGAUCUUCGACGAGAACGAGCUGGAGCUGCUGCUGUGCGGCAUCCAGCACAUCGACGUGCGCGACUGGCGCGCGAACACGCUCUACAAGGGCGACUACCACGCCAACCACCUCGUGGUGCAGUGGUUCUGGAGGGUGGUGCUGUCCUUUUCCAACGAGAUGCGAUCGAGAUUGCUCCAGUUCGUGACGGGCACAUCCAGGGUCCCGAUGAACGGCUUCAAAGAGCUAUACGGGUCGAAGCUUCAACCGCAUCGACCUGCCGCCGUACGAGAGCUACCAGCAGCUGCGCGAGAAGCUGAUCAAGGCGAUCGAGGGCUCGCAGGGGUUCGCGGGCGUCGACUGAGGGCCGGCGCACGCGCUGCGCGUCCUCGCGCGCCGGCUGCUGCCGCGCCACUGCCGCCGCGCGCGCCCUCCGCCUCCCUCUCCCUCUCCCGCCGCGCAUCCGGGCCCCUCCCCCGCCACCGCCCCCGCCCCGCCACGCCCCCCGUGCCCAUAGGCGGUCCUUCGAGCCGGUCCAGU